AUGGCUGCACCGCCGAACCUUGAUGGGCUCCAAGAGACCUUGAAUCUUCCCUUCCCUGCAACCACUAAGCAAACUACGGGCACUGUAAAUGGCGUCCAGACAGAUGUGAUGUCAAUGGGCUUUAGCGACCGGAUUCUUGUCACGAUAUCACAAAAAGGACGCCUUGCGCAAUGGUUACACGUGCCUCUCGAGAACAAGAACCCAGGAACAGAUGGUUUCCAUACUAUAUCGGAGGCCACUGAUGACUCUCUUCUCCCAAUGAGUAAUCUGACUGCAACGUCGUUGUUGGGCGGCCAUGCUCCUGGACAUGACACGCUUGGCCAGCUCUAUGCCCGACAGAUCGCCAGUGCAAUCGCCACGAAGACGCCCAACGAGAGGAGACUGCUUGUUGUCGGGUUGGGCCUCGACUCAGCGGAUACCGACCGCGAUGUGUUUUUCGCCAUCAUUGAUCUUGUUCUUCAGUGUAUCUGA